CUCCACUGCGCAGCAUAUAAAAUAGUUGUCACCGCCUGUUGACAGCAUCACAACACCGUCGUUAGUUUACCGUGCAACAGUGCAAGCAGUGUUGCUUUGGUCAUAAUAAAGACAUUUGCGUAUCCUCGUUAAAUUUACUUUUGUGUGUCGUGUUUUAUUUAACAAAAUUUCUAAUAAAAUUCAGCAGCAAUGGCAAGCAAACUCUUGAGCGUCUUAUCCGUCUUGACUUUGGCCAGUUCCAGCUUGGCUGGCGUUGCCACCUACGCCUACAACCCUUAUGCCGCCUACCAUCAGCUGCCCUCCGCCGUGACUACUUAUGCUAGCCCCGCCCACCAGUUCAUGUACCAACAUGCCGCACCAGCUGCUGCCGUCUACCACCACGCGCCCGUCUACACCAAGUCAUACCUAACUGCCGCACCAGUGGUUAAGAGUAUCGCUCCAGCUGUACAAAUUGCCGCCCCUACACCAGUUAUUACCAAGACCGUCGUUGCCGCCGCACCUGCACCCAUUGUCAAGCAAGUCGAAAUCGAAUCCGCGCCACGUUACGAUUUCUCUUAUGGCGUACAUGAUUCUUUGACCGGUGACAUUAAGAGCCAGGUGGAGAGCCGUGAUGGUGGCAAUGUUGCCGGUUCUUACAGCGUUAUCGAUGCUGAUGGUUAUAAACGUACCGUUACCUACACUGCUGACGAUGUGAACGGUUUCAAUGCGGUCGUUCAACGUGAACCAAUUGUCGCCGCCAAGGUUGCUGCUGUUGCUGCACCAGCUGUGCAACAAGUUGUUGCCGCCCAGCCCGUUGUGCCAGUCCAACAACAAUACUUGCAAUACUUGCCACAACAACAACAAGUUUUACAACCCGCCCCAGUUGCUGUCGACCAACAGCCAGCUGAAGAGCUAGCAGCCGAGCCUGCACCUAUCGAAUACCCUGAACAAGAACAGCCAGAGCUCGAGCAACAACAACCCGAGCAGCCACAAUAUCCACAAGAUCAACACUUCCCACCCUACCCCCAGUCCGAGGGCGAUGACUCCGAUGUCGUGGAUGUGCGCUCAGCCAACAAUAGUGACAAUGCUGAAGCAUCCAGCACCGCAAAUCCAGCGGUUGUGACGGAAGCGGCGAAAGAAGCUUAAGCGGGGUAAAAGUGAUUUCGCGGAUGUAUGUUCAGAUAUGUUUGUUCCCUCGCAGAAAGCAUUAAAUUGAAGAUAAACGCAUUGUUAGCUGGUUUAAAGAUUUAAAUUAAUAAAACGAACGAAAUAAUGGAAAAUAAAA